AUGGACACGUUCUGGGCAUUUCUGAUGGGCCUGAUAACGGCGUCCGUAGUGAUACUGGCGAUAUGGUUAAUAGUGUUCGGCUGGUGCGGAGUGAAUAGACUGGAAAAUGACACGGAGUGCAUGUGCGACGUUUCCAGCGAAAGUUUUGGCGGAAAAAUCGCGUCAUACAACAGCGACCGCGUUGAAAACACGAACAAAAAAACGUUCAAUAAAUAUUACAACAAAUGGCGACACUGCGGUAGUACGCAGUAG